GCUUUCAUUAUCAGUGUCACUGUGUGUGUGGUGGCGUCAACAAGUGUCUUGUGCAUGCGUUGCUCAUUUUAAUUUUUAUCACCGUUGACUAUUGUGGAAACAUUAUUGUUGAUAAUAUUUUCGUUAUAUUAAGUAACAAGAAGUAUUUUGUAGUAUAAUAUUGAGUGCUUGUUAGUGAUUGUACACCAAUAGUGAAUUUGUUAAACUGAAACGCAAUGGCUGUUUCGAAAUCAACAAACACUUACAAUCGUCAAAAUUGGGAAGAUUCUGACUUCCCAAUCCUGUGUCAGACGUGUCUUGGUGAUAACCCCUACAUUCGUAUGACUAAAGAGAAAUACGGCAAGGAAUGCAAGAUAUGUGCACGUCCCUUCACUGUGUUCCGUUGGUGCCCUGGCGCGAGGAUGCGUUUCAAGAAGACGGAGAUAUGUCAAACAUGUUCCAAACUAAAGAAUGUUUGCCAAACGUGCCUUUUGGAUCUCGAAUACGGAUUACCGAUUCAAGUUCGAGACGCCGCACUCAAAAUACAAGAUGAUCUACCUCGUAAUGAAGUCAAUAAGGAAUAUUAUAUACAGAAUUUAGAUAGUCAAAUGUCCAAGUUUGAUUCGACGCAGCCAAGCAAUUCUGCUUUGAAAUCGAAAGGCGCCAACGAUUUGCUGCUUCGUCUGGCGAGAACUGCGCCGUAUUACAAACGGAAUAGACCCCAUGUAUGCUCAUUCUGGGUGAAAGGGGAGUGCAGACGAGGUGAAGAGUGUCCUUAUCGCCACGAGAAGCCCACAGAUCCGGAUGAUCCACUAGCUGAUCAAAACAUCAAGGACAGAUAUUAUGGAGUGAACGACCCAGUAGCUGAGAAGUUGAUGCGCCGUGCAGCCGCUAUGCCAGCGCUACCUCCGCCCGAAGACAAGACUGUCACUACUUUAUACAUCGGCAAUCUACCUGAUAAUAUUAGUGAAGAUGAACUUAGAGGUCAUUUCUAUCAAUAUGGAGAAAUAAGGUCUUUGACUUUAGUGCCUCGAGCUCAAUGUGCCUUUGUACAAUACACUACAAGGAGUGCCGCUGAGCAUGCUGCUGAAAAGACAUUUAAUAGAUUGGUCAUCGGUGGUAAAAGACUUACCAUCAAGUGGGGCAAAUCUCAAGGACGCCAAGGUGGUAACGAGAAGAAUGAAACUGCGCCAGUGUUAGAGCCGGUCCCUGGACUGCCGGGCGCUCUGCCCCCACCUCCAGCUUACUUGCAUCCGUUCCCACCGCAGAUGCCACCUCCACCAAAUCGUCCGAACGACUUCUUCAACUUACACCAUUACGGCGGCGGAGGCUGGCCUAGUUGGGGCGGAGGCGUGCCCGGUGUGCCCGGAGUGCCCGGCGUCCCUCCACCGCCGGCGCCGCUAGCGCUCCACUACCCCAGCCAAGAUCCUGCCCGGCUCGGUGCACAUGCACACGCCAACCAACCACAAACAUAGUACCUAAGAACUUGUAUUUCGUUGUCAUGUAAAACAGGUUGAUCUAAUGGCAAUGUGUUGUCGUAACCUGCGUUAUGGAUAACGCACGCCUUGUCCUACCUACAAUUUGUAAGACGAUUAUGUAAAAGAUGCUAUCCAACUGAUAGCAUUUUAGACCAAACAUUUGUAUUUUGUUAAAUUGUAAUUGUAAAAUGUGGCUGUGCAAUUUUGUACAAUUUUGAACUAUGUCCUUCGUGCCACACAACUCGCAUGGUUAAAUGUUUGAGAUCCACUUGUAUCUAUAGUAAAUUUUAAUUAUAGUGAAAGGGGUUAACAAUGCUAGAUUAGGAAAAACUGAAGAUUUUGUUAAUAAAAUGAUGUGUAUGUAA